CAUUGUGCCGUUUGGCAUGGAAUGAUCCUAUUAAUCAUCAACAUUAAACAGCACAAAACAGCCACUGAUUAAAUUUGUGUUGCACACCUGCUAUAAAAGGGGCCUACACUCUGCACUACAUCAGAUGUGAACCCCCAUUGCUGAGUACGAUCAAACACGGCUCUCUGUGUGAACCAAUAAGAUGAGGUCCUACCUGUGUGUAGCUCUCACUGUUCUGGUCCUGGCCGCGGACCACACCCUUGCUAGUGACACACCUUCGGACACAGCAGGAACCCCCCCAAUGAUGUAUCAUCUCAAGGAAAAAAUCACAGAAAGGCUAAUCACAAACCUUCCUGAAGAGCCUGCCCCUAAUGAUCAGAAUAAGACCACCGCUGUUUUUGUUGAUUUCAAUGAGACUAAAACUUCCAAUAACUUCCCUCCAUUCACCUUCGAUGACAACCCCAACCUUGAGUGGCAGAGGUUUAACGGGUCUCUGCCCAGUGGAGCAGUGGGCAUCUGGAACAGCUACACCGAUCGGUACGAUUACGUGUGCAGAACAUUUGAUAGCUGUGAGACCGGAUUCUACCACAGCGGAUAUGGUCAUUGCUUCUUCGCACUCUACCCAAAGUUGGGGCACACCCAUGAUUUUUACGUCCUCGUAAACAAAGAUGAAUUUGCAUAUCUGGAGUGGAAAUGGGGAUAUUUUGGGUAUGUUCCGGAAAACUCAAUCAGAACAUGUCUUAGGUCAGAUGAGGAUUAUGUUGGAAAAAACAAGUAUGGUUUAGGUAUGGUUCAUUCUGGAGAUUCAUUCUAUUUACCUUGGUUACAACAUUUUAUUUCUCAUGGUAAUUUCCUUGGGUACACUACAUGGUACAUACUAUCCUACCAGGCUUUGACAAUAAAUGCUGAUGGAUAUAAGCAGGAGAUCAAACAUGUAGAGUAUUACAUUAAUAAAAGUAGGAUCAUAGAAAGUCCCCUAUUCACCGUUGCUGAAAACACUGUUACCAACAAAGGCUGCAAUGAUGCGAUGAUGACAAUGACACUUUCUGCAACCCAAACCAAAUCAAACAACUGGAAAGUCUCUUACCCCAUGAGCCUUGCAACCAACACCACUGUUACCGUAGGGAUACCUGAAAUAGUCGGUGCUAACGUCACCAUUGGUGUGGAAGAGACCUUUCAGACGACUCAGGGAUUAUCCAUAUCUCAAUCUCAAACCAUCAGCCUCCAGGUGGAAAUCACUGUCCGCCCAAAUAUGAUGUGCAUUGUUAAGAUGCAAGGCAGGAAAUUCACAUCAGAAAUACCCUUUAAGGCUCGCCUUGGCCGUGCCUACAGCAGUGGUCAGACAAAGUGGACCAGCAUCUACGGUACUUAUAGAGGAGUUCAGGUGGCUGAUUAUGACACUGAUAUAGAGCGCUGUGAGCCCCUGGCUGACCCCUUGCCUUGUGGCGAUUAG